UGGGUUUGUUUCUUGAAAUCUAAGAAGCUAAGGAGAGUUUAAGCUUUGCAUAAAACCAGAAUGACGUUUUCGAUGAGAGAUUUAGAUCAGGCUCUCCAAGGAUGUGGCCAGAAAUCCGGGAUUGAAAUAUGGCGCAUCGAGGGCUUCAAGCCUGUCACUGUUCCAAAAGAGUCUCACGGUAAAUUUUUCACCGGGGAUUGCUAUAUAGUCUUAAAGACCACAGCGUCAAGAAACGGUUCUCUGCAUCACGAUAUUCACUACUGGCUCGGUAAAGAUUCCAGCCAGGAUGAAGCAGGUGCUGUAGCCGUCAAGACAGUUGAGUUGGAUUCAGCGUUAGGUGGGCGUGCUGUUCAGUACCGAGAAGUGCAGGGCCACGAGACCGAGAAGUUCCUUUCCUACUUUAAACCUUGCAUAAUACCUCAAGAAGGUGGAGUUGCUUCCGGGUUCAACCAUGUAAAGCCCGAGGAGCAUCAGACGCGUCUGUAUAUCUGCAAAGGCAAACAUGUCGUCCGUGUCAAAGAGGUUCCGUUUGCUCGAUCGACUCUCAACCACGAAGAUGUUUUCAUUCUUGAUACUGAGUCUAAAAUAUUUCAAUUCAAUGGUUCCAAUUCGAGUAUUCAAGAAAGAGCAAAAGCUCUUGAGGUUGUUCAGUACAUUAAAGACACUUACCAUGAUGGAAAGUGCGAUAUCGCAGCUGUUGAGGAUGGGAGGAUGAUGGCUGAUGCUGAAGCUGGAGAGUUUUGGGGUUUGUUUGGUGGGUUUGCUCCGCUUCCUAAGAAGCCAGCUGUCAGUGAUGACAAAACUGCUGAAUCUGACGGGAUCAAACUCUUCAGUGUUGAGAAGGGACAGACAGAACCCGUAGAGGCUGAGUCUUUGGAGAAAGAGCUUCUGAAAACUGACAAAUGUUAUAUUCUUGAUUGUGGUCUUGAAUUGUUCGUUUGGAAGGGACGAAAUACUUCAAUCGACCAAAGAAAGAGUGCAAGUGAAGCUGCAGAAGAGUUUUUCCGUUCGUCUGAACGCCCAAAAUCGAAUCUAGUCAGUGUGAUGGAAGGAUUUGAGACAGUGAUGUUCCGAUCUAAGUUUGAUUCAUGGCCGGCUACGAGUACCGUAGCUGAGCCCCAGCAAGGCAGAGGCAAAGUUGCAGCUCUUUUGCAACGGCAAGGGGUUAACGUUCAAGGCCUGGUUAAGACUUCUUCUUCUUCUAAAGACGAACCUAAGCCAUACAUUGAUGGUACAGGAAAUCUCCAGGUGUGGCGAAUCAAUCGCGAGGAAAAGAUCCUUCUUGAAGCAGCGGAGCAAUCAAAGUUCUAUAGCGGAGAUUGUUAUAUAUUCCACUACUCAUAUCCCGGAGAAGACAGAGAGGAACAUCUAGUGGGUACUUGGUUAGGAAAGCAAAGCGUCGAGGAAGACAGAGCAUCUGCUAUAUCCAUGGCAAGCAAGAUGGUUGAAUCCAUGAAAUUUAUGCCGGCUCAGGCUCGCAUUUAUGAGGGAAAAGAACCGAUUCAGUUUUUCGUGAUCAUGCAAAGCUUCAUCACAUUUAAGGGUGGUCUAAGUGAUGCUUUCAAAAAGUACAUAGCAGAAAACGAAGUCCCUGACACUACUUACGAUGCAGAAGGUGUUGCGCUGUUUAGAGUUCAAGGUUCUGGACCCGAGAACAUGCAAGCCAUACAGAUAGAAGCGGUUUCCACAGGGUUAAAUUCUUCGCAUUGUUAUAUAUUACAUGGUAAUUCUACUGUUUUCACUUGGUGUGGCAAUCUAACUUCCUCGGAUGAUCAAGAACUUAUGGAGAGAAUGUUGGAUCUGAUUAAGCCAAAUGAACACACCAAGGCACAAAAGGAAGGCUCAGAGUGUGAACAGUUUUGGGAAUUAUUAGGAGGAAAAACAGAAUAUCCGAGCCAAAAGAUCAAAAAAGAUGGAGAGAGUGAUCCUCAUCUCUUCUCUUGCACAUUCUCAAACGAAAAUCUGAAGGUUACAGAGAUCUUUAACUUCACUCAAGAUGAUUUGAUGACUGAAGAUAUCUUCAUUCUUGAUUGUCACACUGAGAUCUUUGUUUGGGUGGGGCAACAAGUCGACAAAAAGAAGAAACCGCAAGUUUUAGCCAUUGGAGAGAAAUUCCUUAAGCAUGACUUCCUUCUAGAGAAUCUAUCAAGCGAAACACCGAUAUACAUUGUAACGGAAGGAAACGAACCUCCAUUUUUCACUCGGUUCUUCACCUGGGACUCAUCUAAAUCUGCAAUGCAUGGAAACUCUUUCCAGAGAAAGCUUGCAGUCCUGACAAACAAAGGAAAGCCGCUUCUAGAUAAACCUAAAAGGAGAGUACCCGUUUACAGCAGCCGGUCCAGUGUUCCAGAAAAGUCGCAGCCGCGGUCAAGAAGUAUGACAUUUAGUCCAGACAGAGCACGUGUGAGAGGACGGUCUCCAGCUUUCAACGCACUUGCUGCAAACUUUGAGAAGAUAAACACAAGAAACCAAUCAACUCCACCACCUAUGGUUAGCCCAAUGGUCCGGAAGCUUUACCCGAAAUCUCUUGCACCAGACCUCACAAAGCUUGCUCCCAAAUCUGCAGCUAUUGCAGCCCGCACAGCGCUUUUCGAACGAUCUCGACCUACUCCUCAAGAACCACCAACUAGCCCCGGUUUAUCUGAAGCUACAAACGAAGCGGGGGCACCAAAUCCAACAACAGAGACGACAGGGGAAGAAUCAAUGAGUAGAAUUCAUGAAGAUUCAAAAGAAGAAGAAGAAGCAGAACAAGAAAGCAGCCUCCCUACUUUCCCAUACGAACGCCUUAAAACUGACUCAGAGGAUCCUGUUUCAGAUAUCGACCUCACUAGAAGAGAGGCAUACAUGACUUCAGCAGAAUUCAAGGAGAAAUUUGAGAUGACAAAGAAUGAAUUCUAUAAACUUCCUAAGUGGAAACAAAACAAGCUUAAAAUGGCUGUUCAUUUAUUCUGAACACUCUUCCCUCAAGAACUCACUCUUCUUCUUCAUCAUCAUCAUCAUCUCAACCCAAAACCUUUCAAGAAAACACAAAGAGAGCAUCAUACAUGUAUCAUCUGCAUCUUAUGAGC